AUGCCCAGGGGACCCGAGUUUACUGAGGAGGAAAUUCCCUUACCAUACACCCAGGACCUGCUCAAGGCAAGGGUGGUAGGAGAUUCGAAAGCUCCAAAAAUUCCUUUGUACGACGGGAUGACCAACCCAUACGAUCAUCUGGAUAAUUUCCGCUACGCUAUGGAGGGACGUGGGGCAAACAAAGCAACCAAGUGCCACAUGUUCCCGACAACUCUCAAGGGCCCGGCCACGAGUUGGUUCAAAAGGCUCACCCCAGAGUCCAUUAGCUCUUUCGCCGAGCUUAGGAAAGUCUUCUUGGAAAGAUAUAUGAUCAUUUCAGAUCGGCUCUACACCGCAAAUGACUUAUCGACGGUCAGACAACGACUCGAUGAAAAGCUUAAAGACUACAUCACUCGAUUCAAUAACGAAUACGCACGUUGCGAAGGGUGA